GCCAUGGCUGUACCUGUAGGCCGACUUUGUAGAGGAACAAGUGACCAAAAACACUCAACUCACUACAUUAUUUCUUCUCUCUCUUUCUCGAGCCCCUACCUUUACUAUCAUCUACAAGCUCUGGCCUUUGCCUGUGUGGCUUUUCUCUGUCUUCUUUCCUUUUUUUUUUUUGUCUUUUUUCUCUCUCUCUCUGUAUGCCAUUUUUAGUGUAAGAAAAACUGAGUUGUUUUGAUGAAUAAAAAAGAGAAAUGGUGGGUCUUAAAUGCAUUCAAGAGGGUUCAUGGGUAACAAGAAAUGUUGUUUUUUUAAACAAAAACAUGAAUUUAUUUUUUCGAACUUGUGAAAAAAGCCUUUUUUUUCACUCCUGUUUAGUUGUGUAAGAUAACAAAUUUGUCAUUUUGAUAAAAUCUCAUUUCUUUUAUUUUUUAUCACAAAAGAGUACAUAGAUUCCUCCUUGAAACCUUGUUUCUCACUUUAAGCCAUCCCAGCUCUCUUCAAAAGAAUAGGCAGAGAGAAGGGAGAGCAUGGGUUGUGUUGCCUCUAAACUCGAAGAAGAAGAAGUUGUUUCCAUUUGUAGAGAAAGAAAACGCCAGCUAAAACUAGCAGUUGAGAGAAGAUAUGCACUAGCUGAAGCACAUUCUAGAUAUUCUCAAUCAUUAUAUGCUGUUUCAGCGGCCAUUAAGCUCUUUGUUGCUAGACAUUCUUUACCUUCUUCACCAUUUCUCAUCACUUUUCCUCCUCCUUGUCCUCCAGCACCACCACUUUCCACUGACCAAAAUGUGAUAAACAACCCCAUGUUUCUUCAACAAACAUCGUCUGAGUCAACAAACCAUGAAGCUGUUACUUGUGAGUCAUUUGAUUCUGACUCUUCAACAAGUUCUGAGUCUUGUGAGGAAGAGACUAAAGAAGAAGAAGUGGUGAGAGAAGACCAUCAACAAGCUUGUAAGUACUUUUACAUGCAAAUGCCACCACCUAUGCCAUCACCACAGAGAGACUUUGGCUGGGAUUUCUUCAACCCAUUUGAUGGCAUGAGACCAGAGUUCAUGAGUGGUUACCGAAGGAUGACUGAAGAAGAUAUGAAGGCUGUGAGAGAAAGAGAAGGGAUACCUGAGCUAGAAGAAGAAGGUGAUGAAAGAGUAGAAGAGGAAAGUGUUAUGAAAGUUGAAGAAAAUAAUGUUCACAAGGAGGUUGAAGAGAGUGGAGUUGGUGUAGUGAAAGUGGUUGAUGGGGCUAGCGCGAACAGCCAAGGAGAACCAAAAGGGCUUACUGUUAUUGAUGGCCCAGAAAAUGGAAGGGAAUUGCUUGAGGCUUUAAGGGACAUUGAAGACCAUUUUAUUAGGGCUUAUGAUUCUGGAAAGGUAGUAUCAAGGAUGCUGGAGGCUAAUAGAGUUCAUUUGCAAUCGAGUGUGGAGGAAAUCAAGGAGAACUCAACGAAACUCAUGCAAGCAAUUACAUGGCAUCGUUCAACUUCAUCGAAGCCUUCAUCUUGUAAAAGCCUUGUAGCAUCAAGUUCCAAAAGUUCUGUGUCCUGGACAGAGUUUAAUAACGAUCUCUUUGAUGACUAUGGUGGAAUGGAUUCUGGAAGCCAUUCUUCAACCUUGGAAAGGCUCUAUGCUUGGGAGAAGAAGCUCUUUGAGCAAGUUAAGGCUGGUGAUGACACACGAAAACUUUAUGAGAGAAAAUGUUCCCGGCUUAGAAAUCAGGAUGUCAGUGGAGAUGAGCUUACUAUGGACAAAAUGAGAGCAGCUGUGAAAGAUUUAUAUGCUCGGAUCUUAGUUGCAAUUAAAAGUGCUGAGACUAUCUCAAAGAGAAUACAGAAACUAAGUGAGGAGGAACUGUUGCCUCAAAUUGUUGAACUGUUGAAAGGACUGGCACAAAACUGGAAGAUUAUGUUGGAAUCCCAUGAAACCCAGAAGAAGAUUCUUUUUGAAGUAAAAUCUUAUGCCAGCCCCCCAUAUGGAAAGUUCUGCAAUGACUCUCAUCGACUUGCUACACUUCAGCUUGAGGCAGAGCUUCUAAAUUGGCGUUCAUGCUUUACAGAAUAUGUUAUGGCACAGAAAGCAUAUGUUGAAGCUCUCCACAAUUGGCUAACCAAAUUCCUUGCUCCUGAGGUUGAAUUCUGUUCCAGGAGUAGGAGCAAGAACUCAUCAGCACCAUAUCGAGCUAAUGGUCCCCCCUUGCUUUUGAUUUUCCAUAAUUGGUUAGCUUCCAUGGAGAAAUUACCAGAUAAGCCAAUAGCUUUUGCAUUGAAAAGCUUCUCUAAAGAUAUCAGGGCCUUGUGGCAUCAGCAAGGGGAAGAACAGGCACAAAAGAGAAAAGUUGAUGGUCUAGCAAAAGAACUUGAUAAAAAGACACUGGCAUUUCAGAAGACAGAAACCAGGAUCCUAGAACCAAAGCACAAGGACAUGAAAUCGGAGGCGGAAGUAGACCAUCAAAAUGAAUUCUUGGUAGAGAAGAAGGAACAGUUGGACAUGUUCAGGAGGAAAAUGGAAGUUGAGAAGGAGAAACACCACAACUGCAUGCAAGAAACACAAAGGGUUACAUUGAAUGGAUUGCAGACUGGGUUUUCUUCCGUUUUUGAGUCCUUAACAGAAUUCUCGAAGGCUUCUCUAAAGAUGUAUAAUGAUCUUCUGACUUGCAGUGAGAAUGCUGCAAGAGCUGAGAGCCAAUCAUACAUAGAGGGCUUCCAGGCUGAGCAGAUAAUACAAGAAAACACAGCUGGUCACUGAGGAUUGGGGGUUUACAGGUUAAUAUGUAUAUUGUUAUCACGUCGAAGCAGCUCGCUGAGACAAGUUUAUUUAUAUUUACACUAAGAUUUCUUUAGAUGAAUUGCUGAUUGUUUGUUCUAGUAGUUGCCCAAAUUUUGUUUUGGGAUUUGUAUAUUUCCAGUUUCUUCUCUUCUUUCUUGGCGACACAAGAAGUUUGAAGGACUUUUGAUGGGCAAUACUCCGUAAUUAGUAGUUAAAAUAUUGGUGAUGAAUAGGGGAUCUUUAUUUGAGAUUUGGUUAUGUAGGACCCUUUGGUCCAUAAAUGCUUGAUGUUGCAAUAUCUUUUUGUAAUUUGGCCUAAGCAUGAGAAAUCAUCAUGAAAGUGGUCGUUUUCACGUUUGUAAGGAUAGUUUUUUCUUUUGAAAAGCCGAAAAUUUGAUCA